AUGGAUGUCAAAAAAAUGGGUAAUAAAGAACCGGGAAAAAUACGUAGAGAAAGACAAAAUUUUACAAUCGAUUAUUCUGAUGUCAUGUACACACACAAAUUCAGAGCCCUAAUACGUCAUACCAUUAGUGACACCAGUUGGAUUGUCCGAAAGUUAGGACCACGUUUCGCAGUUAAAGUAUCUUAUGAUACCCCAGACUACGAACUUGUGGGAUGGAAACUUGCCGAAGAUCUAUUUUUGUUCGGAAUUGAAGAUCAUUGCGCAAAUACAAUCGGAUAUAUUGAAGUACCAUCCACAGCUGGUCGACUUGUAGUAACUAGAGAAGGCUGUGAGCCUGAAGACAUACCAAAUCUUAAAAAAGACAAUCGCGUUUUGAGACUAAUCCACAGUACAUUGACAGGAAAAGCACAUCUUCAAUCUGUCACUGUCCCCAAGUUAUGGCUAGACAUUGAUGAAAAGGGAUAUGCCGUCGCCAUGGAAGGUCAAGUUAAUUCUGCUUCAUCUUGGACAGUGACCGAAAUAUCAUGAUUCAUUUAUACACAUAUCAAUAUCAAAUCAUGUAUAUAUAUUGGAUUUGGGCGAUCCAAUUCGGUGAAUAAACGUGAAGAGGCAGAUCAAGUCUAGACCUUAGCAACAGAAUUGAGAACAACCCAGUAACUGAAUUUUCCACCAAUGGGAAUUUCCACUUAUGAAUAGUAUUGAGUUUUAAUUUCAAAAACUAGAAAAAUACAAAACUAUAACACCCUCGGGCCAAAUCCGUCCCGAUAGGUCAUUCAAUCAGGCCCGCCUGUGCGAGUUGUAUUUUAGGUAGCCACAGACUUUCAUGUUAAGGGGACGUCAACAAAUCUUCAUGUUUUUUCUCGCUCGCUCGAUUGGGCGGCGCGCUUUUCACAUCUAUUUAUUUCGCCUCAAAAUAGCUCAAGGAAUUUGUUGAGAUUUCGAUUAAAUUUAGUUUUGGCGCGAGGCUUAUUGUUUUUCAAUUUUGCAUUUGUAACACUGUAAAUAUUGUUCACAAAAUGUAACUUUUUACGGCCCCGGUCCAAAAACCUUGUCCACCCCGGCUAUAACAACAGUAUAUAAGCGGCGAAAUCAAUACCUAAGACAAUAUCAUUUGUCUUGCCGUUAGGCUGUCUUUUGCAAUUAUUUUCAUCGGCAGCGCAAGUGUGGAUUUCAAAACAAAACUUCAACAACAGUCCCGCUAGCGAUCGGAUAUAGUUAGUUUCAUUUUUAACAUGCGAACAACAUUUUUUCUUAUUUUUUUUUAUUGUUUUUCGUAUCGAUAUGUCGUGUUUGU